GGGGAUCACUGAUGCAAAUGACCUUUGUUAUUACUUGGAACAACAAAGGUUUGGCUUUAAAGGAAUGACGUGCAAACUGCUGCAAUGUGAUUAGAUUGCUCACUGGAAUGUCACUCAGCUGUCUAUUGUGUAUUAUCAGACCAGCCUGUGACAGCCUGGCUUAAAAACAAUGUUUGUUUUGUCUUGCAAGACGGAAACCUUAUAUUGUAUUUCAAUUUAAAGUUUCCACAGGGUCAUAAACUAAAGCAGGAACAACACACACCUGCAGGUAGUUGAUAAUCAGCUGAAGUUUUUCUGCUGCUUCAGUGAUUACUGCUCAGACUGAGGUGGACCUGCAUUUCACCAAAAAGCUUUGGUGUGAGUUCACUUUUGAUUAUUCAAAAGGUACAUGUCAAAGUAUAUUUGAUGACUGUUAUUACAAAUUAUUUUAAAUGGCAGGACUCAUAUUCACAGCGGACACCUUCAGGUCCACAUCUGACCUCGGUGAGCUUGUGAUCACGCUGCUCUGUGUGGGACUGGACUCCUCUGACUCUCCAAGGAACAAGAAGCAGAGCAGGAUGGAGGAGUUUGGAGCUUGGCUGCCUCUCUUCGUCCCAGGCAGCAGCUCUCAGCAGCGUCUGUUCAGGAAGAGCGCCACCUACCUGGCUAAGAUCGCUGUGGUCCUGCAAGACGCUCCAGACAAGAUGCUCACUUUCACGCAGCUGAUGGACAGACUGGCACCACUCAUUUGUGAAGACAGAAAAUCUGUUGAGAACAACAUCAGAGUCUGUUUAUCAACCAACAAAUGUUUUGUCAAGAUUCCAGUGGUUCCAGGCUCACUGGACAGUAAGAGAAACUACUGGAAACUGGACCCCACUCAGAUCACGGCAAAGAUGGUUCGUCGUCACUUCAAAGGAAUCCUGCAGCUCUUUCCUGAGUUGGCUUCCAAAGUGGAAAGUGAGAACACGAGCAGACCAUCAGAGCGCCGCUCAGCUCUCCGCUCUCCUGAACCUGCAGCCUGCAGAGCUGUUCAGAUCAGAUGUGAGGUGAAGUUCAGCAGUCCUUUCUCCAUUGAGUCCCUCCUGAAGAGAGACGGCCCCUCUGCUCAGGCUCCCAGAGCUUCUCCUCUGUCAGGUGUGCCGGUCAGAGCAGAGCAGCGGCCUCAGUCCACACACGGACCAGUUGGGACGAAGAGGUGCUUCAGCUGGGACUCUGAAGAGAGCCUCCUCCUUCGAUCUUCAGCUGAUAGUUCCCCCAUCUGCUCAGCAGGGGGCAGCACACACCACAGACUCGGUGCUAACGGAGCUGCUAAGCCCAUGAAGAGGAUGCAGGUGUACACGGAGGCCUCAUUCCCUGAAUACACAAGAGCCAGUGCUGCUUCUUAUUUCACCAGCCCACACAGCAGUUACAUCACUUACUCUGUACCCAUGUUUACCCACGAUGCUCUCCAUUUUCGUUUGUGAAUGUUUUUUUUUUCUACUUCCAAAUUGCACUUUUACAUGUUUUAUGUUUUUAAGUGGAGCACCCACUUCUUAGAUUUUCUUUAAAGUCAGACACGCACACUUUCAAACCACGCAAGGCCCAUGACUGGUCUUGUGUGUCUCAUUGUGUCUCGAUUGCUUAUUUUAUUUGUGGCUUUUACUCACUGUUAAGUGGACAUUGAUGUUUUCCAAGAAGUUCUACUUCAAGUGUACUACAAUAUUUUGUGCAUGCAAAACUUUUGUGUCUGAGGGGUCAACAUAAGAGGGCUCCAUCAUAUUUCAAAGUUUUGAUUGAAAUGCAAUAUAACACACUUCCUUAUGUCAACCUGGAAACGAUUAAAGCGGUUUCCUCUGCA